AAUCAAUCAAUUAUAUCAAUCAAUCAAUUUUAGUAGUUACUCACAAUUUUAUUAUUUACAGUUUACAGCUAAAUUAUAUUAAAUUUCACAUAUAAAUACCUAUUUUUAUAUAUAAUUAUAUUUCACAGAGAUAUAAAAUGUUUUAUUAAUUAGACAUAUGAUUACUUUUCAUUAUGGAAACUGUUACUAAAGCUCGCACACCAAGCCGCUGUCGUGAAUGGGAGCGUCAGAGACGAAAUAAGUUCAAUGAAGCAAUAUCGAAACUUGGAGAAGUCGUGAAGGCUAUAAAUAAGGCUAACGAAUCCUCUGAACAUGAUGCAGAUGUACAAUAUCCUAAAAUAGAAAUUAUACAGAAAGCUAUAAUUUGUUUAACAAAUUGUGCUCAAGAAAAAACGCAGUUGAAAGCAGAAAUAUUAGCACUGCAAGUUAAAUUGGAUGAUCAUAUGAACAAAAAAUUAAGUUUAAAAGAUGCAUCGACACAAGUUUUUAUAGGAAUCAAUAAAAAAAAUCAGAAUAGUAAAUACAUGAAAUUAAUGAUGUUACAAAAAUCUAAACGUAAUGCACUAAAAGAAAAGCCUACACUUACUACAAAUGUUACUGUUAAAUCUUGCUGCGAAAAUACAAAGUCAAUACCAAAAUCUAUACCAGUGAUCUCCCCACCAAAAUUGUUACCAAAAUCUAAUUUAAACAUUGAUAAAAAAGGGCCGGAAAAUACAAUUGUUGUGUUACCAGCAACACCAUAUAUUUUUCCUCAAAGACCACUAUUAUUUCCUACUGUUCCACCAGCAUUUGUGAUCGUAGAUUCUUAUUUGCAAACUUUAAAUAAACCAUUUGCGUCUAUAGUUAACAGAAAUAAUGGGGAUAUUACAAAAACGACCAUGGUCAAUAUUUUACCUAUAUCAGCUUAUUCUCGUCCUUUAUCCGCAGCUGAUAUAACAAAAAAUAAAAAAAAUAAUGCAAAGUCAAAAAACGAUGUUGCUAAAAAAAGUGGUAAAAAAAUAAAAUCUACACCUAGUAUUGAAAAAGAUUCGAUAGUUCAGAAUAUUAAAGAAAAGGAAGCUGAAAAAGAAGACCAUAAAACUCUAGUUGAUAGUAAAAUAACUGACAAAAAACAAAGUAUUGAAAAAUGUCCGGAUAUCAAGAAAGUUCCUAACCAAACAUCUGCCAAAAGUGAUACACAGUCAAGUAAUAGUCAGGACUUGUCAAACUCGGCUUCCAAAGACAAUGAUUCGAGUUCUAAAAUCAAAUCAAAGGAAUCUAAUUGUCUUCCAAAAAAUAUCGAAACAACAAAAACUAAUUCCGAAUCAGCAAUAGUAACCAAAGUGUCCACUGCAUUUGAAAAGAAUACUAAUGAAGGUCAAAAUACACAUGAAAAUGAUAAAUUUACUAAAGUUGCUACAGAAAUAGAAACUCUAACUGAAGAUAAAGAUAAGGAAAAUAAACUACCCAAUAUUUUAGACACUACCUUAUGUGACAACGUUGUUGAAACAGGAAACGCGCGUCUGGAAUUAGCAGAAGAAUUCUUAGCUGCUUCCCCGACAGCAGCUUUUCUUAUGUCUUUUCCUUUAGUAAGUGGAAAUAGAGCAGAUAGUCCUGCAGAAGAGCCUCAAAAUUCGACACAAACUAACAUUAAAGAUAACAGUCAAAGACGAAAUGAUACUACAUCGCAGCCUGUUACUUUUUAUGAAAAAAUAAAUUCUACUGAUAUUAAAAUAAAAUCUACACAUAAAACCCAGUCACCAACAAAUAUUUUGAAUAAACACAAUGAACAGCAAAAAUAUAUCGGGGAUAAUGUAAGCUCUAAAGAAGUACAUGCUUCUUGUAAAACAACCAGUACAGCAGCAAUUUUUAAUGUAACUCAUGAAAAUCCCUUUUUAAACUUACCCAUGCCCUCAUUAAUAUCAACAAAUUGCACAAUCUCCGAUUCUACAUUUGGUUUAGAUUUUGACUGUAAUAUUAGCAAAUCUAUAUCCAACCAACCAACUAGCUAUGUUAGUAAUAACAACUUUUUUUACAAAGGUGAUCCAUUUAGUACAGUUAAAAGUACUAUUUAUAGCACUAGCAAUAUUUCUUCUGGCCAUGAAUUUAAUAGCCUUGGCCUGUAUCCUUGUGCAAUGGAGAAAUAUACAUCUAAAAAUAAAAAUGACUACACAAACGUAGAAGAUAAUCUGAUGAAAAUCGGAUCAUCGAGAUUAACAUAUGAUAUAGAUUUAGGUUGGUCACACAAAGGAUUCGAUUUUGUAAAUUGUACAACUUCAACAAAUACAUUUAGUAAGGAAAUACUAACAACAGUAUCCACUCCAUAUUCUAAUUCUUAUAAUCCUUUUAACCCUGAAUUUCAGUUACCUCUCGUAACUAGUUCUAAUAAAAAAGAUAACACUUCAACUAAACCAAACUCAUCUUUUGCUGAUACUAUAACUAGUUUCUACUCACAGCCCACGAAUAUAUGGAGUGAUGACGUACCAUUUUAUACACACAAUAAUAACUCUUCGAAAAGCUUAAAUACGAAACAUCAAAAUUAUCUACCUCCGGAAAAUAUGCAGACGAAUAUUAAUAUAAAAUCUAGUAGCAAACAUUAUGAAACAAAGCAAAUUUCUGAAACAGUCGUAGAAAAUGGAGCAAAGUCUUUAAAUAUGACCUUACCUCAGCAAGCAUCUGAGAAAUAUACCAAAAAAUCGCCAAGUAAAAUGCACAUUAAUUGGAUGACAUCUGAAAUCAGACCCAUGAGCAAUCAUUGUAUUCCAAAUCAUGUGGAUAUAAAAGAAAGUCAUAAAUCCUCUUAUGGUCAAUCAGAUCUAUCACAAAUCACUAAAAAGCAAGAUCACAAUGAAAGCAAUUACUUUCCUAUAUCCAUGCAUAAUUUUUCCACACAGAGUGGAUUAGAAGAAUUACAAGUAUGGCCCUCAGCCAGACCAGUAGGGCCAACGGAAAUAAGUAUUGAACCUCCACCCAUAAAUUUACCAACUUUAGUCGGCGAUUUGGCCUUGGGUCCUCACGAUAAAAAGAAAAAUUCAGAAUUUGCUGGUCGAGGUGUGCCACAAUCAGAUAUACAGAAUUGUAGUAAUUUUCUUUCCGUUACACAAUUAAUGAACCGUUCGUCAGAUAGUAUGCCUUCUCGAUAUCAAGCACCAAAUAUUGAACCGCCCAAAUCAGUUUCAUCGAAACAACCUAUAACACAUUUUGCAAACGAAACGAAUCGCAAAGUUAUGUCUUCGCGAAUAGACACUCAAACGCAGCCUUGUUAUACAUUUAAUGAUUCGAAGACGAUAAUUUCUUAUGAUAAUAUGAAUCAAUUUUCUCAGAACAAACCUAAAACAAAUAAGUCUGAUAAAAGUUCUAAAUCUCAAAAAAAUAGUUAUUCUGCAGAAGCUUUAAUACGAGGUGGUUCUUGCUCACAAAAAAACCCAGAUAGUAGCACUGUAAAAUUUACAAUGCCAGCACAAAAAUAUAAUAAUUUUAAUCCGACUCAAGAAAAUAGUAUAGCACAAGUUUCCCAUUUUCCUCCUAUUCUAGAUUACACAGAUAAUAGUUAUGCCAGUCAGCAACUUUCUGGGACCACGUUAUAUAAUACUACGACAAAUACGAUAUCAAAUUCGUUUUAUUCUAAUUUCAUGCCUGGCAGUAGUAAUUUAAUGUCUGGCAAUUACGCUAGUGGACCAUUUCCGGGGGAAUUCAUGGAUUACAAUCAAACUCCAGAAUGCAAUUACACUAAUCAUAAAUAUGAAGAAUUAAAAAUGAGAAAUAAUCCAGCUGUGUUUCAACAGCAAGAUAAAGUGCCUUCAAGUUACAAGAGCUCAAGACGAGAAACCGCAGCGAAACAUAAGUUAGAAUGUUCUAAAAAAGAUUCCAAUAAAAAGUAUCAAAGUAAAAGAGCUAAACUAAAUAAUGAAGUUGAUGAAUGGAAUGAUCCGUCUCAUAUAUUAUGGCAAAAUAAAGCUCCAUCUAAAAGGCAUUCAAAUUUAGUAACGGACGAGUUAGGUUUUCCCAACUAUGUCGGUAAUCAAGUUCCUACUCAAUACCAAUCUGAUUUCUUCAACAGUCAUUUGAUGUCUUCAAGUAUGCAAAGCGUGGGGCACAAUGUUGACCGAUCACUUACAGGUUUACCGGUUACAUCUCGGGCUAAUUUCAACCUCAGCUCGAUAUUCCCAGAAAUUACUAUGAAAGUGCAAUGAAAAAGAAUAAGGAGUCAACUGAAAUGAGUAUUAGGAGAGAUUGAGCAUCUGUGAUUAUUUUAUUUAAUAUUAUAAAAGUGUUUUAUUGAGAUUAAAUUGUUAUUAUAACA